UUGAAUUGAUCCAAAAGUAGUAAAAAACGAAAAUGAAACUUCCGCUAAAUUCGCCAGAAAGCGACAGCCAGGAAGCAGCUGGAAGCCAGUGGCGUCACCACAAUAUCGUCCGCUCCGGACGGAGAAGGAGGUGACACAUCGGAGGUGGAGGAAGCUGGUUGCCGGACAGCGUCGCUGCGGAAAUCGAAAGGCUGCUUGAAACAGUGCGAGUGAAAGACAUAAACAUCUUCAGUAAUGGCAAAGUGGUGAAUGCUGAUAUGUGGUGGGAGAUCCUGUUACACAUUCCUGGGGAUGGUGUUUGAACUUGCACACUGGACCAACAGGUGUCGAAGAUAGUUUUCUGAUUGGAGAACGCGGCGAGGCACGCAUCAACAGGGAGCCCGACUGUGCGGAGAAAGGCAGGCCGAAACGGGGAAAAUGGCAGCGAUUACAAACGAAGCGAGGGCCUCCCGCAUCUGGAUUGCUUUGAAAAGGCUGGACCUUAACGAUGAUGAAGUUACUAUUAUCAAAGAUGUCUGGAUUUCACAAGGGCUAGAUGCAUUUGCUGCUAAGCAGGUUCUUUUUCAUUCCUUUGGGCUAGACAACGGCGUCUUUGUUUUGAAGCUUCGAAACAGCCAAGGUUAUUUGAUUCCAAUUAAUAGUGAACUGAACAUAAACAGCAAACAAAAGCCGUAUGUUCUGGAAGUAGUAAAGUUGUUUCAACAUGUUGUGCCCAGACCUCGUACUGCUACCUUGACGGUUAUCAAUAAAGGUUUGAAGAACAGACUGCAAAGCAUCGUGAAGAGGAUUGAGAGGUCAGAAAAACUAGCGCCAGAAAUAAAAAUGAAGUGGCAAGACAAGCUACACGAGGAAAUGGGGCUGCUGAACCAGAAGCUACAUUUCUUAAAUCAGAGAAUGCAGGUUGCUGACACCCACAUUUGGAAAGGCAUGUUUAAAUGUCCGCCACUUUGGUGAAGUUGCCAGAUCCAACAUCCAGUUUUCUUUAUAUUUAUUUAAAUACAACAAAGAUGAAAUUUGUCCUCUUUUUUGUGUUAAAUAGCAUAUAGUAACAAAUUUGCUCUACAUUUCUGGUUUGUGAAAUUUAGUUUCAUUAUCUGCAGAAUUAUAACAUUGCAUGUAAUAGAGGAUGAAUAUAUGGUCUUUGCAAAAUGUACUGUAAAUGUGAUACUACAGGAGAUUUUUUUGACUGUUUUGCUGUUAUUCAGGAAAUAUUGUUCUUGCAGGUUCAAAGCAGUAUUUCAAAGAAGUGGAUAAAUGACAUGCCAGCAUAUAAUGGGCCAAUAAAAUUGUUCAGAGGACUCAAAACAGAAGUGUAAAUCUAGUGUAAGACAGGUUAGCUGAGGGUGAGUAAUUUUGUGCAACAUUUCUGGGUGCCUUAGGUGACAUUCCUAAGUUUAGCUCCUCAUUUUUUUCUGAUAUAGAUCUCCCUCAAAUGAGGUGAACAGGAUGCAGCAGGGCCAAGAAAAGAAAAAUCUUACAUACUCAGAACAAACACAGUUUCCCCCUGUUGUUUAUAAGGCCAUGGGUCAAUAUAUUAUUUGUCCUCAUUGAGAUCCCUGCCCUCCAACAAUCCAAAAAAUAGCCCCACUUGUUUGUCUUGACUGUUUUGCUUAUGGAUUAUGUCAUUAUGUCACUUGUGUAUUUAAAAUAAUCUCAAUGACAUUUCGGAGUUUCUGGUUUAUUGCUCUCUUAAGAAGGUCAACUAAGUUUCAUGCUUAAGGAGAGGGGGUUGCAUUGGGCUGAAUUCUACCUUCCUCUUGCAGAUAUCUUGUAAGUAUCAGGUCACCUCUGACUUCCAUGCUUGUACAAUGCAUUUUAUAAAUCAGGAACAUGUCGGAGAUCAGAUGACCCUGCGUAUGGAAUAUGAAAGCCUGCCCCUAACCAUCUUAUCUUGUUACCAACCAUGAUUGUUGGGUAUAACCCAUGAAUAAUGUCACUGACCUGGAUGGAAAAGUUAACUAAAGACAAUUCUGUUUUAUUUCUAUUUUAAUGAUUUUAAUUAUUACUUAAAAUAUUUUAGUAUUUAUAGCUUUUCAAUGUAUUUUAAUGUAUUUUUGUUUAAAUCUAUUAGAUUUUGUUUAAGCAAUACACACAAAAUACUGGAGGAACUCAACAGGCCAAGCAGCAUCUAUGGAAAAGAGUAAACAGUUGAUGUUUCAGGUCGAGACUCUUUGGCCUGAAAUGUCGACUGUUUACUCUUUUCAGAGUAGGACCUCAGGAUUUGCCGCAUGUCUAUGUAGUUUUCCUCAGCUUGCACGAACAAGCAGAUGUGGUAUAGAGUUUUGCCUGAAUUGUAGGCUUGAACUUAUGUUCAUAUAAGGAUCUCCUUGGUAAUUUAGUGGGCCAAAAGCCUGGCCCUGGAUUGUCUUUCUAACACUAUCUCUAUAUCAAGGAUCAAUUUUAUCCGCCAUGUAUGUUUACAUAUAUUGGGAAUCGGCUUUGGU